GUGGUUUGCUGAAUUUGGAUGUGACUUAUUGACCAAAAAUGCUAACCAGCUAACGAGCCGACUAGUCAGUCCUAACCCACUUUACAUGACCAGCAUACAGUGGCUGGUAACACACGGAAAGAAGUGGCAGGCGUCUUUCCAUUUGGCAUUCUGUCACCUGGGGCAGCUUUUACUUGCUUGACGAUUGUCACACGUUUACGAAGUGUCCCCAUGAGCUAACUUAGCAAACGUGAACAGUUUAAGGUUGAUGGCUCAAUCACAAGUUAAAACAUUGGCCGAGGCUCGUUUUAGAAAAGUAAAAACAAGUGGAUUGUUUAAAUUACAGUGUCUUAAUCAGAUGCUGUUGUCAGCGCCCCUGAAAGCAUGCAAUUACUAACUUGUAUGGCAUAGAGUUUGUUUUUUUAAAGUUAUGUUUGCAAAAUUUAUUCACUGUUGUGUAGUCAUAUAUUUUUGAUAAAUAGUAAGAGAAAUUUCAGUGAUACUAAGCGGUUCUCAUUAUGCAGAACAGUUCGUGAGAUGAGACCUGGAUAGGUCUACAUGUAAUUCUCUUGGCAGAAAUAUUUUAGUCGAGUUUAGUUUUUAGGUUUGUGCUUCUGCUGUCUUUCCUGUGUGGAAUUUGUAUCCUCUCUGUGCUUGCAUGGGUUUUUGCUGGGUACACCCACAUUUGGAAAACAAGCACGUUCGGUUCAUUGAAGAUUCAAAAUUGUCGAUAGGUGUGAAUGCCUUUGACUGUCCUACCUCUCACCGAAACUCAGUUGGGAUAGGCGACAGCUUGACCAUGACCCGAAGAAGUGAGUCAGUUGCUACUCUAUGUAAGAUGAACACAGAGGACAGGUUGGAGGGCAUGCUGUUUAAGUGCAGCAGUGGAGGGAUUGAUAGCGGCGGGAGAGUCGGACUGGUGAUGACUCUUGGGGAGCGAUCGCUGGUGAACCACCCGUUGUUGGCAGAAGACGACGAAGACGAGGACGAAGAUGAGAACUUGACCGUGAGCUCGCUAGUGACUCAUGACCUGGUGCCUCCGGAGCAGCUGAUGAUGCAGGAGAUGUCCAAAAACAGUGGAGGAGGUGAUGAAGAGGGAGGAGGCGAGCCGGGGGUGCACUUCCCCCUGAAGCUCACCCAUAAGUUGCCCUGCUUGCCUCUCAACAUUAAGCAGGAAUUAAAACUGACCGAGCAGCCACUCCAACUCAAGAGAGACAAAAAAGCAGUCAAGGACCUUAUCGUGUGUCCCAAGAAGAAGAAAAGGAAACAGCGCUCACCAGCCAAGAUUCUAAGCAUAAAUGAGGACGGUUCAUUUGGCAUACAAAGCCCCAAAUGCCAUGUUUGUAUUCACUGUAAUGCAGCAUUCAGAACCAACUACCAUCUACAGAGGCAUGUCUUUAUUCACACAGGCGAGAAACCAUUUCAGUGUAGCCAGUGUGACAUGCGCUUCAUUCAGAAAUACCUUCUCCAGAGACAUGAGAAAAUCCACACCGGUGAGAAGCCUUUCCGCUGCGAUGAGUGUGGUAUGAAGUUCAUCCAGAAGUAUCACAUGGAGAGACACAAGCGGACACACAGCGGGGAGAAGCCCUACCAAUGCGACUACUGUCACCAGUACUUUUCCAGAACUGAUCGUGUUUUAAAGCACAGAAGAAUGUGCCAUGAAAAUCGAGAGAGAAAGAACAACAAGGCUGCCCAUAAAAGUGGAGCACUGCAUGAAUCGGAUGGUUUCAGCCCAUUUCUCACCAAAGAGUGCACAUUACCCAAGAAAAAACGGCAAAAAUGUGCGGACAAGUCCGACAGUUCUGGCUCCUCCAAUGCCGGCCGAGCAGAAGAGCUCAAGGCGACUGUUAAAGAACAUGAAAUGAAAGAGGAAGAGAGACUAAAUAAAAGUGAUGUUCUGCCUCUUUUUGCUGUCUCCUCCAAAGUCAAACAUGAAUAUGUGAUUGGGGAAUACUCUGUGGAGCUUCCAGAAGAAACUACCAGCCAACACCAAGCUGAAGACUUGUCAACGGAGGAGGCAGGAACCCCUAAACUAGUCUUGAAGAAGGUGUCUAAGAGGAGCCUUAAACAGCCCACUGACCAAGCUUCUUGCCUCGCAACUCUGUCCUCAUUUGAGGAAAACAAUAAAGUCUCGCAUUAUACCUUUGAAAUCGUGGACAAGCAAAGCCUUUUAGAUGAAGUGGGUAACACCGAAUCAGUGGAAACUCCAACAAAGCCUGCAGCUAGCAGCACAAACUAUGACGACGCCAUGCAGUUCCUCAAGAAGAAACGUUACCUUCAAGCAGCAGUGGCCAACAACAGUCGCGGUUACAGCCUGAACACGAGCAGCAUCUCUUCUCAGCCAACUGUUACCCAAACUGUUGUGUCAGCAGUCAUUGACGAAACAGUCCCUGCCACCAUUCUGGAACCGCAGCCUAUUAACACUGAGAUUAAGGCUUCUCAAGACAGGAAUGUGUUACCAGAUGAGGUUCUUCAAAGUCUGUUGGACCACUACUCCAGCAAAGCUAACGGCCAAUCAGAAAUUUCCUUUAGCGUGGCCGAUACAGAGGUUACAUCAAGCAUAUCCAUAAAUUCCUCAGAUGUUUCGGAUGGCAGCCCAUCGGAGAGCCUUGGCGCUACCAGUACUCCGACUCAGCCACCGACUGAGAAAGCCAGUCUCUUGCAAGAAUACUCCAAAUUUCUCCAGCAAGCAUUGGAGAGGACCAGUCAGAACGACAGCUACCUGACAAGCCAGAGUCUCAGCUUGGUCACGGAAAAUCCAACCUUAGCGGGGCAGCCGCUGUUCUCCACCGAGAAACAGUUACCUUCUCCCAGUAGGUUCAAAUCAGGGACGAGCUCCCCACUAAGAUCCACUAUAGAGAAACCUCACUUUGGACUACUAGUCGGGGACUCUCAGCACUCAUUUUCAUUUUCAGGUGAUGAAACCACUCCCCCUUCGACAGUGUCCCCCUCAGAGGAGGACUUCCUGGAACAGGUGUCACCUUCCAAAAAGACAGACUCCUCUCAAGCGAUACUGCAGACGUUUCAAAUUAACACAUUUGAUCCAAACUUCAAGUCUCAUUUCCAGACCUCGAAAUCUGGUUCCUCUUCACAGUUUACAGGUGCCAAUGGACAAGUAAGUCUACGAGGCCACAGCACAGAAUUCUCAGAGUUUUCAUUAGUUAGAGUGACUGAGACCAGGUCCCAACUGAACUCCUCCCCAGACCUUUCAUCAAGUGAAACCUUUGGUUGAAAAGAAGUCUGUUGUAAUUCAUACAUUAAUAAUUUCUGCAGCACUUUAUCCCAUUUUACCCAUUUUGCCAAAGCACGUGUCGUUGCAUUUAAAUACUUUCUUUUGGCAUUUUGUUGAAAAAAAAAAUCAUGCUCUUGCUAAAGUGGUAGAUAUGGGAAAAAAAUGGCAGUUCCCACUUCAAAGUGUUGAAAUUUGCAUUGAGAGAUUUGGUGGUCAAAUCUUAAUGAAAGUGAACAUUUUUGCCAUAUUGGUAGACGUGUAUUUUUGUCACUUUUGGUUGCACACAUUAAAACAGUCUUGCUUUUUGCUGUUAACUACCUCCCCUAGUUGAUCAGUGAUAAAACGGAAUUUUUUAUUAUUUUUUUUAAAAACACAUUCAAUCUUUUUAAAUCCGGCUGUACAACUGCUCACGAGUUGCCUCCUGAGAUGACACCUUUGGAAAUGAUUACGUUGCCACUUUACCUAAAAUGCAUGGAUCGUCGUGGUGUUUCCUGAAUGGAAAACAUUCAACAGCCAUCCAAUCUGGAAUUUAUUUGCAUUUGUCCAUUGACAGAUUGAACGUCAUCUAAAAACAGAUAACGCUCAUCCAUACCUUUCUUUUGACCAUUGCAAGCUACUUAGGAAGGUUACAUCAAACUCUCUCUCUUACUCCAACAAGAAUUAGAUGUCAUAUGGUUUGCCCACACUUUCUGAAAGUAUUUUUUUAGUGAAAUGACUUAAAAGGAUUGUGCUUCUGACAUCUGCACAAUUUGCACAUUUUUCACAAAAAAAAAAGAAGAAUGUAGUAGUUUUUAUCACAGUGUGAAAAAUCCUGUAAAUAAGAAAAUGUUUUUAUGACCCGUCAUGUAAUAUUUGAAAUUGAGACGAUUCUUCUGUUUGCGGAAACAACCAUGUGAUUUAAAUCAUUAAUGUUAAGGUUUUACAUUGUAGAAGGGCAAAGUACACGUACAAAAUAAUAAUUGGGCUAGCUGUAGCGUCAGGAAGGGCAUCCGGCGUAAAAAUUGUGCCAAACAUAUAUAUGCGUUCAUCUGAAAUGAUACGCUGUGGCGACCCCGAAAGGGACAAGCCGAAAGGAAAACAACAACUAGCUGUAGGUUUAAAAGUUUCAACGCUGAUACUUUGCUGAAACCCUAUGAUUUUAAAUUGAAUGAUUAAAUGGCUUUUCCGGUCAGCUGUUCUUGAGGAAUUACAAAGUGAUGCUUAAGGUGCUACUGAAAGAUGCCAUCAUAUUAGGUUCCAUUGACAGUCAGGGACAGACAGCACCAACAAUAAUGAUCAAAAAUUGUAUUUUUCCUUUAACAUUCCCUUUAUACAGUAUAUGUAUAUCCUGUAAAUAUAUUGUAUAUUUUUUAGGUCUGACGAGUACACUUAUAGUUUGUGUUGCUAAUGAGAUGGCUUGUGCAAGACUUUUCUUUCUUUUUUAAUUGAUUACAUUUGACAAUGAAUUAGUUCCAGUAUGAGAUUUGUAUAUAAAGGAUGGAAUCAGUGAUUAUCAGAGGAAAUCUUUUCAUCACUGUGUGUUGAUGACAGGUUAUGGUGAAUUUGGGUGUGGAUUGGACAUUUUCAUGGGUUUUACUGCACACUCUCCUCAUCAAAGACAUGGCACUAAAAUGUGCUUGAAAGUACAUUUGUGGUUGUAAAUUCCCUUUAUAAGUCACUUUUAAGCACAAUACAGAUUAUUGUACUUGUAAAAAAAAAAAAAUACAAAUAAACUUGAAUUUUUUUUUUUACUAUUUGAAAUUCACAUGCAGUUAAAAAAUUGGUUGUUUCAGAAAUUAAGAUUCGGAUUAUGUCUUUCCUCUCUCUCUCUCCCUUUUUUUUUUUUUUACCAUAAGUGUCCUUGUAAUAGUGAAAACUACCAGUUCUGUAUAAAACCAUCUGGGUUAUGUCUUUUUGAAUAUACAUACUAUUUUUGAACCAUGAAAUUUAAGGCACUGAAAUCUAUGGCAUAUCAUACGCGAUACAAAAUUGUUUCUGUGAAAGUGGUUCGUGUGAACUUAUUUCAGAUAUGAAUGUGAAUCUAUGAGUUUGAGAUUUAUGGCAUUUUAUUUAAAAUAACAUGCUUCACUGUGGGAACUAUUAAAUUUAAAAAAAGGAUUAUUUGCAUGGUCACAAAAUUGUUGGAUUAAAUGAACUUGUUUGACGAAUGCCGUGCAGCUUUAAUUGUAGCAGAUUAAUUUCAGUCAAGUAACCCCAUACUGUUAGAAUUUAGCAAUAUAUGAUGAUUUGUAAACAAUCUGAUUAAGUUUUCUUGAUUGUUGUCAUGUUCAUGUGAAUAAAAUCUUUGACUUAAAAAAAUACAAUGGAAUUUGUGGCUUUG